UUGCGACACGCAGCUUUGUGAGUCAGCUGUGACUGUGCCUGGCGCGGUCAGCUGAUCAGUGUUCUCAUCACACCUGGAAUUCGCGCCACUGCCACCACCACAUACAUAACCUGUUUGACUGUCACUGUUUGUAAACAAGUUUUAGUCUCUCCGCGAGUGCCAGUUUCAGUGUUCAGUGCGAUCAAAUUGCGGAUACUUCCAUCACUCCACUAAGAAUUGUUGCAGAUGGCUCUUAAGAGGUUCGUGUGUUUCGCGCUACUAGCGUGUAUCUCUGUCGUCAUCGCUGCUCCCAAAGAAAAGGCAUGCACUGAGUAUGAUAAGCCGUGCAAUGACAAUGGGGAAUGCUGUGGUGGUUGCUGCCAGAACGGAAAAUGUGUAGUCUAUUCCGAUGCAUGCGUAAGUGCCACCAACCCCUGCUACCUUUACGACUGCCCUCCAAACAAGGUUUGCUACUUGCAACAGGUUGAGUGUCUCCAAUCGCCCUGCAAGUCCAUACCUGCCUGCAAGGCGAACGACAGUGACUACGACUAGGUCACGUGUUACACAGGGCUAAACCGCGGCACAUUCUACUCCACUGCACCUGAAUAGUCUUCACUGUGAUAGAGUAGCUUUCAACACUACUUUGAACACUAGUUUGAUCAGAUUUAGAUAGUUAUUCAAUAUGGGAUAUACGCUGUGAUAAAACUAUAUUUUUAAAUAACACGUUAUUGUUUGUUAAUAUACCAUCAAGUAGCUAUUGUUGAGACAUAUUGCUAUUUAUAAAUAUCGAUUAAUUCAUUUUUAGAUCUUACUAAAUUAAUCAUUAUUUUUUAUAUUUUUAAUAAAAUGCUGACGUAUUAUAAAAUAAAUUAUAUUUGACUCACAACUUUACACGGGGUUUUGCUCUGCCAAAUUCAUACGAGUAAUUACUUACUUUUUUCAAAUCAAGCACAAUAAAAUGUGGAUUCUGAUUAGUUUGAAAUUGAACUUAGAAACGAUAAAAGAUAAUAUCCUAUAGUGAGUGUGAUAUAUUGAAUAUACAUUACCAUUUUAACACUAAUGUUUGGUAAGAUUUCAAUUGCAGCAAUUGUUAUUAGAUACUAUUACUUUAUCUUUGUAUAAAUCACAUAACAUACUGUACAUUCAAAGUUUUAUUAAAAUCAGUAGUUUUAAAAUAUGCAUUUGUAAAUGUAUGCAAAUGGUUUGUUGAAUAUGAAAAACAUGUUUUGUAUUGAUUACUUUGUAUUUUUGUUAUGCAUAAAAUAGACGUUGAAUUUUUUAAGUAGUUGGAAUAAAGGUGAAUUAACACAAACA